CUGACGACCGUGAAAACCAUAUAAGCCCUUCUUCCUUGCGUUCCCACCACGGCACCCCCUCAAUUGUCCCCUUACUCCCCGUUAAUCGGAUUCGAAACCCUCGUUCUAGUGUUCUUCCCCGCCCUCUCCUCGCCAUUUCAUGCGCUAGCUCGCGGAAAAAAAAUGAUCCUUACCAGGCUCGGACGCUCUCUCGCGCGAUCCUCGCGUUCCCGAUUCGAAACCGGCGCUUUCUUGGGUGGUUACGGGGCGAGGUCUGUGUUUUCGAAAGAAGCCCUUCUGCAAUCACCGGUUUUCCGUGGUGACAGUGGAGGGUUAGGGUUUCUGAGGAGUUAUUUGACUUCCAUUGGAGCGAAUAAGGCUUUUGGAGCCAAUAAUUACCAGCAGGAUUGGAGAUUCUUGCUGGCGAAUCCUAGCUUUAGGCGGUUCUUUUUCUACUGAAUCACCGAACAAGAAGAAUUAUGAAGAACUACUACCCGAAGUCUAAGAAGGAAACUCCGAAUGGAAAUGAGAACAACAAAUCGGAAUCGAAAGAGAAUUCCAAUACGGAAGAUCAGGGAUAUUUUCCGGAGAUUAUGAAGCAGUUGCAGAGUUACCUCACUCCUUUACUGUUUAUUGGACUGUUGCUUUCAUCCUUUUCGUUUGGCUCUUCUGACCAAAAAGAGAUUAGCUUCCAGCAGUUUAAGAAUAAGCUGUUGGAACCUGGUUUAGUGGAUCACAUUGUUGUGUCGAAUAAAUCAGUUGCAAAAGUGUAUGUCAGAAAUUCUCCAAAGAUAAGCAAGCAAACCGAGGACAGUGAGAUCCAAGGAUCCCCAACAAAUAUGCCUCCCAGGCAUACUAGCAGCCAGUAUAAGUAUUACUUCAACAUUGGAAGCGUGGAAUCAUUUGAAGAAAAAUUGGAGGAAGCUCAGGAAGCCUUGGGGAUAGAUCCUCAUGAUUAUGUCCCUGUCAGAUAUACAUCUGAAGUAAUUUGGUACCAGGAAUUGCUUAGGUUUGCCCCAACAUUGUUUCUUGUGGGGCUUCUCUACGUAAUGGGGCGAAGAGUACAAGGUGGAUUUAACAUACGUGGUGGUGCAGGAAGGGGAAAUGGUGGGAUAUUUAACAUUGGAAAAGCUCAAGUGACAAAGAUGGAUAAGAAUUCGAAAGAUAAGGUAUUCUUUAAAGAUGUAGCUGGCUGUGAUGAGGCCAAACAAGAAAUUAUGGAAUUUGUGCACUUCUUAAAAAAUCCCAAGAAAUAUGAGGACCUAGGAGCAAAAAUUCCCAGAGGUGCCCUUCUUGUAGGCCCUCCUGGUACAGGGAAAACACAUCUUGCAAAGGCAACAGCUGGGGAAUCUGGUGUACCUUUCUUGUCUAUUUCUGGUUCAGAUUUUAUGGAAAUGUUUGUUGGUGUUGGACCUUCCAGAGUGAGGAACUUGUUUGCAGAAGCCCGACAGUGUGCACCUAGCAUAAUUUUUAUUGAUGAGAUUGAUGCAAUUGGUCGAGCAAGAGGCCGUGGAGGCUUCUCGGGUUCCAAUGAUGAGCGUGAAAGCACACUAAAUCAAUUACUCGUGGAGAUGGAUGGAUUUGGGACAACUUCUGGGGUUGUUGUACUUGCUGGCACCAAUCGGCCUGAUAUCUUGGAUAAGGCCCUGUUAAGGCCAGGUCGGUUUGAUCGUCAAAUUACAAUUGACAAACCUGACAUAAAAGGACGUGAUCAGAUAUUCCGUAUAUAUCUUAAGAAGAUCAAGAUGGAUAAAGAUCCAUCAUAUUACUCUCAAAGGCUGGCUGCCCUUACGCCUGGAUUUGCCGGAGCUGACAUUGCCAAUAUUUGCAAUGAGGCUGCUCUUAUAGCUGUGAGAAGUGAGGAAACACAAGUUACAAUGCAGCAUUUUGAAGCUGCUAUUGAUCGUAUAAUUGGUGGUUUGGAGAAGAAAAACAAGGUGAUCAGCAAGCUGGAACGUCGAACUGUUGCUUACCAUGAAUCAGGUCAUGCUGUUGCUGGAUGGUUUUUGGAGCAUGCAGAGCCUUUACUUAAAGUUACCAUAGUUCCACGUGGAACUGCGGCAUUGGGCUUUGCCCAGUACGUGCCAAAUGAAAACCUCCUACUGACCAAGGAGCAGCUUUUUGACAUGACAUGCAGGACACUAGGUGGGCGUGCAUCUGAAGAGGUUUUGUUGGGGAAGAUUUCUACCGGAGCUCAAGAUGAUUUGGAGAAAGUGACCAAGAUGACUUAUGCUCAAGUCGCAGUAUAUGGUUUCAGUGACAAGGUUGGGCUCCUUUCAUUUCCGCAGAGGGAUGAUACUUCCGCAAUGAUCAUGCCUUACAGCAGCAAGACCGCAGCGAUUAUUGAUGCUGAGGUGAGGGAAUGGGUUAGCAAGGCCUAUCAGAGAACGGUGGAACUGAUAAAGGAACACACGGAUCAUGUCAUCCAGAUUGCUGAGCUGCUCUUGGAAAAGGAGGUCCUGCGCCAAGACGACUUGGUCAGGGUCCUUGGUGAGCGCCCCUUCAAACUAGGUGAACCAACAAAUUAUGAUAGGUUUAAACAAGGGUUCCAAGAGGAAGUGGACGAUGAGGGUAGAGAACCUUCAAAGGUCAUGGAGGAAGAUGACAGGUCAUCAUCACUCAGUGGGGAAGUUGUGCCCACAUAGCCAGGGUGUUUUGGCAAUGGCUGCUUAACAUAUCAAUUUCCACAUUUGUUUUUCCUUGUAUUUGAGAAACUGUACAGAUCAGCAUCUGCAUCAGACAAACGCCUUGGCGGGUAAGCUUAGUUCAUUUUCUCUAUUCAUUUGUCAUAGAUAUUUAUAUAUUUGACAAAAUUGAGCUGGGAAUUCUCCCUGCUAUUGUGGUCCAAUACAGCAAAGCAGGCAUUGUUUGUGUUUUUA